GCCAGUUGCGGUGAUGGAUCAGAGUAUCCGCAGGUCCCUGCGGACCGAGAGGCCUGAAAAACAACAACGCUCUCUCUCUCUUUAACGGGACUCGGAGGCGACACUCCGCCCCUCUCUCUCCAUGUUGUGUGGGAUGCUGCUCUCCCCGGGUGGAUGACUUCCACUCCGUCAUUACAUCAUCCGCUUCCUCUCCGCUGAAAACAAGGAGCGCGUUCCUGAUCAGCUGGAGCUGAUCCUCCGCCGUCUACGGGGAUGAUGGCGCUUCCAUGAGGACGGGAGGGGGAGGAGGAGGAGGAGGAGGAGAGACGUCAUCAGCAUCUGUCCACCAGCUCCCUUUGUGUUCACCGGAGAAUGUGAAUGGCGAAAGAUGUGACAUGGCAGAGGUAGACUUGGCCCCGCAGGGAGCGGAGCCCGGCGAGGCCGCCUCGGCGUUUCCCUACGAGGAGUUCGAGUGCAAGAUCUGCUACAACUACUUCGACCUUGACCGCCGGGCUCCGAAGAUCCUCGAGUGCCUGCACACCUUCUGCGAGGAGUGUCUGAACACGCUGCACCUCCGGGAGGAGCGGCCGUGGCGCAUCAGCUGCCCCGUCUGCCGCCACCGCACCCCGGUGCCGGACUACCGGAUACAGAACCUCCCCAACAACACCAAGGUGACGGAGGAUUUCCCGCUCUACAUCGACUCCGACCCGCUGCCUCAGGACGCGCUGCCACCCUACCCUCCCCCGCUGCAUCCGGCUCUGGUCGCCCUCCGCCGGGAGGAAGCGUCGGGGGCGGCCGGCGUCAGCCAAGCGACCCCCUCCACCACCGUGUCCACGGCCACGACCCUCUCCCAGGACUCCGUGCGCUACGACAGCUGUCAGAGCUGCAAGCGGGUGGCCCUGACCACCGGCUGCGUCUGCGUGAUCUUCUCCUUCCUGUCCAUGCUGGUGCUGCUGUUCAUGGGCCUCAUCUUUGUGCACAGUCACAGCAUUCCUCCCUCGCCGGCGGGACCCAUUUGCCUGUCGGUAGCCAGCAUCCUGGCCAUGUUCUCGGUGGUGGUCACGUGGCUCAUCUGCUGGCUCAAAUACAGACCGGAUCACGAGACGGGCCGCGCGUCCGCCACCAGUAACUCCCGCAGAAACGCCUGAUGACUCGGAGAGCGAUGGCUGAUGUAUAUAUCCUCCCGCUCCCUUUACCUUUUCUAGGAAUAAUCAUAAUCCUAAAUGGCCUUCUAUUAGUAUAGCAAACACCCAAAGGCCUUUGUGUUGUUUGGAGCAAUAGGCCGACUGAUCCUUGACCUUCUUUUUCUGAAACUUAUGCACUUGGACUGGAGGGGUGAACUCUGCUGUGAUGGACUUGGAUGUCAAAGUGCUUGAUUUUGCGUUCCCAUCCUAAAUGAUAUGCAUAUUCCACCGGUCACUCUAUUAUCUCCACAAAGCACCAGUGUGUUGUACAGACGCUUGGCACUGUUUCCAUGUCAGGUGGUGGGACUUUUUUUAAUUUAUUUUUAAAGAAGGGCGGGAAAGCGUUCGACACUUUGUAAUCUCUUUGUAAUCACAAUCCGAGUGUACAUAGUCCCGUUCCUUCCCUUAUAUUUAUGCGCUUUUACGUGGUCCAAGCGGGCAGAAAUGGCACUGUUUCUACGGUCACGGAAGGAUAGCUGACCUCAUCCGGGGUUAAUCUGUUACAGUACUUGACCCCUGUUUAACCAUGUGCAUGUCAGACUACUGUGAAGUUGAUGCUUCAUUUUGUUUUGGAUGUCACUGAGGCUAUAUCCACACUAGUUCAGUUUAAUGCUGACUUUAAAAACAGGGAACUUCUUAUUGCGUAGUUCGGUGUACUUAUUAGUACACAAGUAUUUUCUUUUGAAAGUUUGGCUGUCAAGUGUGAGGCAGGGAACACGCUUGAUUUGAGUGUCUAAAAAACACAAAAAAUAGCGGCAGCUCAAGUCAGAGCGUUGAGGGUCUGAGUACUGCUUGUGAAGUAGUGUUUUUACUUUUGUUGUCGUACACCAGUCUCAUCUGUAGAAUGACCUCUAUAAGUAAGAGGAAUAAGUUGACUCAAUUUUAACACCAUUUACUGUAUGAUGCUUUUUUAUUUCUGUCAGACUGAGAUGCCAUCUGAGCUCAUACAACAAUGGUGGUAUAUCCAAUAUGAUGUUAAGUGGCUACAAGACCCUGGGACAACUCCAACUGUUGCUCCUUGAAGUGUCUAGAUUCAAUGGGGUUCGCCUACUUGAUCCUGCUGCCCGAUUGUUGUUGUGUUUGAUCACAUGAAAAUCGAGUUGUAAGCAUUUAAGACUACUACUCAAAUCCCUGUUGUCCUGGGAAGAAAGCAUCACAGUGUGGAUGUAGCCUGAGUUGCGCCUCCCUAUCAGUCCAACUGGAAUCCAUCACAGGAAUAACAAGUGACAAAGGUUGUCAUGGAGAUACUUAUCCGAGGUUUCUUUAUAGAAUAGGCUCCGUAGAAGAGUCGAACAAGAAGGUUCAGACAGGGUCCGUCUCCAGACACAGAAGCUCAACAUUGUCUUUGAUGUGAUUAUAUGAAGUGAUAUUUAUCUCUCGACUUGAAGCAGAACAUGCAGUUUCUGCGUCGAAGCAGAGAAAUCAGCGUGCUACACGUCGAAGCCAAAAACAUUGAGGCCUAUUUAUUCUCAACAUACUUACAGAACUACAAUCAUGCUUUCGUAUUUCUCUGCAUCAGGCUUGAGACGAGGGUUGGAGGCCAGGCGUUUAGGGCAGCGAUGUGAACAUUUUGAGAAUGUUCAGAGCACUUUCUGAGUUGUCUCAUGACCUUUUUUAAUCAGCAUUUACUAUCGAGAGGGAUGAAAUCAAAUUAGGAAACCAAAGUCAUUUCCUUUUGUAAGCGAUGCAUUUAUCAAAGUUCCUCUUGUGUGACAAUGUUUUUUCAGAAUUUUUUUGUAUGGGAGAAUGCGAAGCUCCUUCGAAUCUGAUCCCACUUGCUUCAGCUUGAGGAUGCACUUUUCACCCUCUUUUGUGACGACUGAGAGGUACAUGGAUUGAAGUGACUGUAUUUAUUUCAGAGGACCUAGACAUUGUCUUUGCCUUUUAUGAGACUCUGUGGUUGAUGUUGAAGUACCAAAACGUAUUUGCACAGAGAAAUGCUCUUUAUGUGCUGUUUUACAUACAUAAACACAUUUCAGUAAUAAAGGAAA